GGCCGCGGGGCGGGCGCGGGAUCCGCUGCGCCGCUGGUCCCUCCCGGUUCCUCCCGGUCCCGCUCCGUCCCGCCCCGUCCCGCCGGGAGCAUGUACCAGAGUUCCGUGCGCUGCCUCUGCUCGGCCCUUCCCGGUCUCUGCUGCGCUCCCGCCGCCGCCUCGGCCUCCCGCCUGCCGCUGCCGCGGUCCCGCUCGCACCCGCCGGCCCCCGGCCCCGCCGCCCCGCGGGCAGCAGCGGGCGGCCCGCCCGCCCCGGGGACGCCGCCGCGCACAGUGUGUUCCAUGGGAAACAGCACCAGCCGGCUCUAUAGUGUGCUCGCCAAGACGCUGAGCAGCGGUGCCGUAUCCCAGCACCAGGAGUGCCUGGAGCAGCUGGACUCAGCACAGCUGGAUCCUCUAGACCCCAAGGAUUUGCUGGAGGAAUGUCAGAUUGUUCUGCAGAAGCGGCCGCCCCGGUUUCAGAGGAACUUUGUGAGCCUGAAGAAGAAUACUGCCAGUAACCACCGCCCCAUCCGGGUCAUGCAGUGGAACAUCCUCGCCCAAGCUCUCGGGGAAGGCAAAGACAACUUUGUUCAGUGCCCCAUGGAAGCUCUGAAAUGGGAGGAGAGGAAGUGCCUCAUCCUGGAGGAAAUCCUCGCCUACAAGCCCGACAUCCUGUGCCUUCAGGAAGUCGACCACUACUUCGACACCUUUGAGCCGCUCCUCAGCCGCCUGGGCUACCAGUGCACCUUCUUCCCGAAGCCGUGGUCGCCGUGCCUGGACGUGGAGCGCAACAACGGGCCGGAUGGCUGCGCCAUGUUCUUCCUCAAGGAGCGCUUUGAGCUCGUCAGCAGUGCCAACAUCCGGCUGACCGCCAUGAAGCUGAAGACCAACCAGGUGGCCAUCGCUCAGACGCUCAAGUGCCACGAGACCGGGAGGCUCUUCUGCAUCGCCGUCACCCACCUGAAAGCCCGCACGGGCUGGGAGAGGUUCCGCUCCGCCCAGGGCUGCGACCUCCUGCAGAACCUGAAGAGCAUCACCCAGGGAGCAAAGAUCCCGCUGAUUGUCUGCGGGGACUUCAACGCGGAGCCGACCGAGGAGGUCUACAGGGAGUUUUCGAACUCCAGCCUCAAUCUAAACAGCGCCUACAAGCUGCUGAGCCCCGACGGGCAGUCGGAGCCCCCCUACACCACCUGGAAGAUCCGGCCCUCCGGAGAGUGCCGGCACACGCUGGAUUAUAUCUGGUAUUCCCAGCACGCCUUGAACGUGAACUCAGCCCUGGGCUUGCUGACUGAAGAGCAGAUUGGGCCCAACAGGCUGCCCUCGUUCAAUUACCCUUCCGAUCACCUGUCCCUUGUAUGUGACUUUAGCUUUAACCAGGACCCUGACAGACUGCUGUAACGUCUUGGGAUGCCGCCUGGCAUUGCUGUGUCUGAACUCUGAACCGAGUCUUGCAUUUUAGAGAAAACCUUUGAAGCUGAGCUGCAGCUGAAAGAUGAGGAAGUACUGUUGACUAACCGUUAUUUCAGGCACUUGUUUGGAGUUACGCUUGCUGUUCGGCCCUCAUUAACGGUGCAGCCUUCGAGGGAGGAAGAAGGAAGCCAGUGUUCUCGUCAUGCUCUUCUUGCCACGUCAGGGCUUGAAAACUAGAAGGCAAAUGAGCUUUAUCCUUCCACUAAGCCCCCUGUUUUAAGGAUUUAAUCCUCUAAUGAAUGUGGAGGCCCUGGUAUUUAAAUCAAAACACUUGUGUUUGUACAACAACUUGCCCUGACAGCAUGCUAAUUUUAUUUAUUUCGUGUUAAGCUUCUGCAAGUACCAAAGGGAGUGAGGUUCGACUACCCGGCGAGAUUAUUAAAUCUUUUUCUGUUGCAAUAUGAAGGAAGUUUAAUGCAGUUUAGACUAAAAGCUAAGCUCACGGUAGUGUGGUCAUGUCAUUUUUCCAUGAUCUGAGAGGACAAAUCCAUUAGAAGUGUGAGGAAGACCCCCCUUCAGUAAGAGCAGGUGAGGAAACAGAGGCUGACUACAACCUAGAGUGACACCCUCACUUUUCCAGAACAACGUGCAUGUCUCUGUCACACACACAGCGCCUGUAGGCUCCACGGUGACUGUACCUUCGUCUCCCCUGUGCUUCCCUCUGGGGGACACAGGUAACCAGGGACUACUUCUUCCUCUGCUUUGAGUACUACUUUUCUAAGUGGUUUAAAUUCGUAGUCUUGUCAAUCUUGGUGUUUCAGUACAGGGCCAGUCUUAAUGUUGAAAGAUUUUCCUUUAUUUAUUUUCAGAAUCUAAAGCUACACUGGAACCUGUUAAGAGAUAGAAUUUAUUUAUUGAGGGAAGCUGGUGAUGCUGCACCUGACUGGAAAUCGUACAGCGACAUUGUUCAGGAGCCUCUUCCUGUGAGCCAGGGAAACUCUGGGCUACAGCAGAGGUGUGUUAGUGUUGUCACUCCGGUGAUGCUCACUGGUGACAUAGGAAUUGCAUACAUAGAGUGUACAUAUGCCAUUAUGCUGGAAAAUGACAUAGGAAGAGAGGAGGGAAGAGGGACAACAGCUGGAGCUGGGCUGACAGUUAGAUAGUUGAGGAAGGUAAUGGCAGGGCAAAUAAAGCAAUAUUUCCAUGUGAAGUAAGGUGCAUAGUAAUUCUUAAAUGUUCCAGGUGUUUAUUAAUAAAAUUCUUUGGAAAAAAGUAGUA